AUGGAGCAAGAGCUGACGGCCUUUUUGACGCCUGCGCACGACACCAUGUUGACCUCUGCCUUUGGCUCGGUCGACUCGGCUGAAGCCGAUGGCAUGUGCAGUUUUGAUUGGCCCUCGGCCGCUCUCGAACAAGACGACGCUCCCCACUUUGGCGUCUAUGCCGAGCCUCUCUCCUCGGCUGCCUCUUCCCCUUCCACCACCGCGAGCUUGGCCGAUGAAGCCACUACCCCCGUGCCCUCUCUCCACCAGAUGCACCAACAACAACCACAACAGCAACAGCAUCAAGCCGUCUUUACCCAACAACAACAACAACAGCAACAACAGCAGCAGCAGCAGCAACAGCAGCAGCAACAACAAGCUUCCCAGGCUGCAACGCCCGCCUACUCAUCCAUGGGCGAGGACGAGGACGAGGACGAGGAUCGCGACCUGCCCACCAUCGAGGAGCUCGAAGCUACCGUGCACGCCCAUUCACAGCGCUCUCGCGAGUCAGGCUUGCGCCACUUUGCAGUCGACAGCUCGCGCGUGCCCACCUCCCUCACCGAUCUCUCUGAUCAAGAGCUUGCCAUGAUCGACUUUAAGAUCUUGACCCAGCUCAUGGCCGAGGCCGGCCUCUCCAAAUCCGAAGUGGCCGACGUCAAGGCCAAGCGCCGCAGGCUUAAGAACCGCCUCUCUGCUCGCCUUUGCAGCAACAAGAAGCGGGAAAAGUGCUCCGAACUCGAAGACACCAACCGUGACCUCCUCGCCAAGCUGCGCCAAGUCGCCCAAGAGAACAAGACACUCAAGUCAGAGACGAAUCGUCUCAAGGAGGCCAAUACCGCCCUCACAAAAUCUUCAGCCGAAGCCCAACGCGAAGCCGCGACCCUUCGUGCCCAGGUCAAUCAACUCACGCAAAUGCUGGCUCGUGCCGGUCUCGAGCAGAACGAUCUGGAAGGGGCUGCUUUUGCUGCUUAA